AUUGUUUUUCCAUCAGGUACGGAAACAUGGCGCGGAAUAUGGAAUCGCAAGCGCAUUGCUCUCUGCGUCGCAAUGACUGAACGGCCAUUUUCCAAAAAAGAGCGCACAGCGAAUCCACGAUGUUCUCCAGUCCAAAUCAUGAUGUUAACUGAAAACGGUUGAGAACAACCUUCCUAAUGAGACCCUGCCCAACAACCUACUCACGCCAUCUGGAAGUAAUUGAUACAUCCAAUGAAUAUACAUAUUUGAGAGAAAUCUUUGCUAUUGUGAUAUCGAUUUACAAAUUUUGUAUACAAAUCUUAGAAUACAAUUUAAAAAAGAUGACGGUGGAAUUGAAGAAAUUUCUCUAUGGUCUAUUAAGUGGCAUAGAAGGUCUUCAUAGUAUAUUAAUUACUGAUAGGGACGGAGUACCCGUUGUAUCUGUGGCUGAUGAGAAGGCACCAGAGUUAGCUAUGAGAGCCAGCUUUUUGUCUACUUUUGGAAUGGCAACGGAUCAAGGAAGUAAACUGGGUCUUGGGAAAAAUAAAAUUAUUAUAUGCAUGUAUAGUAAUUAUCAGGUGGUGCAGAUGAAUAAGUUACCGUUGGUUGUAAGUUUUAUCGCUAGUCACAAUUGCAACACUGGUCACAUACUAUCAUUGGAAAAUAAGAUCGACCCUAUUUUAAGUAGUUUAAAAAAUGCAGUAGUGGAAGCCUGAUGGUUACCUGUUGUCCAUUAUGGGUGAUAAAUGCUAAAUACUACUGAGAUGCAAAUUUACGAACCAUUGCAAAUGUCGUAGGAACAGUGCCUGUACUGUAUUACAGUGUCAGUACUUUUCUCAACGAAAACCGAUCUGUUUCUAUAUUUCUAUUUCUUUGUUAACGUUUUUGCAUAAUUUGAAAGCGUGUUUUCUGAGGAUGAAUAAUUAUAUAAUUUCAGUAUGAAACUAUAUUAUAUAGAGUUUUCUGAGGACUAGAGAUAUUCUCAAGGCUAAAAUUGAUUUAAUUAUCAAGAUAAAAUAUAUAUAUAUAUAUAUUUUUUUUUUUAAUCAUUCUUGUUUAGUGUAAUAUUUUAUUAAUAGUAUUAAGCAAAUAAGUGUAUGACAACAAUCAAAUGAAACGUGAUUAAAAAUAAUUUUCUAAAAUUGGAUAGAAUAAGUUGAGAAUAGAAAAAAUAAGUUGAAAAAUUCUGCGAAAUUCCAAAAAGUCCAUUUAAGUAUAAUAAUGUAGUACUUAUGUUUUACAAUUUUUGAGGACACACACACACACACACACACAAAGAGAGAGAGAGAGAGAGAGAGAGAGAGAGAGAGAGAGAGAGAGA